AAUCCGAGUCUCCAGGCCAGAUUUUCCCUCUAGCCAUUCCCGGCCAAGCUAAGCGGAGCUGCUAAGCUAGGAAAAAGGGACGUCUUCCUCGGCUGCCAGGAUGGAACAAGCCAGCCGGCUUAGAGAGCGCUGAGAACCCCAAGGGUCCCUCUCAGCCCUUAGCAGCCAACAUGACUUGACUGCUCCCGGGUCCCGCGCGCUCCCCACUCUCUCCAGACGCCCCCACCCUUUCCGGGUGCGCGCGCAAGGGCCGGCCAGCUUCCCCUAGCUGUGCGCUCCGCAGCCUGCGGGUGGCAGCGGCGGUGGCGACUGGCUCUUGGGGAAGAGGGUGACCAAGGGACCGCGGAGGAGGAGUCGGCGCCGCAGCCGCUCCCCUCGGGACCGCGCCCCGCCUUCGGUCGCUACCUGAGCAUCCCCUCUUGGCUCUCCAGCCGCUCUAGUCUACCCCGCCAUCCCCUAGGGGGACCGUGUGUACUCUCAGUGUCGCAGCCGCGGUGUCAUUGCAUCCGGCUGUCGGGACACUAGGAUCUUGGUUCCCGUUGGGGCUUGGGACGAGCUGCACCCGCUGUGGUGACAGGCUGCGGGGGCGCCAGCGCGCAUCCCUCCCCCGCGGCGUUUAGAGAGGCUUGUAGACAACUGCUGUGACUUUGGAGGUCCGACUCCUCCUUCCGGCCAGCCUCGGGACGCACCACCUCCCGAGACAGGCCACCGUGUCCUGCAGGCCCUGGAAGCUCGUGUGGGGACUUGGAACGUGUCCGGGAACCCGUGGCGCUGUGCGCACUGGUGAGUUUUGCGGGCGGGGUAGGGGCGGAGAGGACGUCGCGCUGGGUCCCUGCUCCCGCCCCUUUCCUGCUGUACCCCCACUUUGUGAGAGUCAUUGAAAUUUGAGCGUGACUGCGGAGCUUGGAGGAUGCUGGCACCCGGCGCGGGCUUUUCCUCCUCCCAGAGUGAUGGAGAGGGCCGGUGAGCUGAACAGAGACACCCGCCCGGAGCAGCGGGUCCUCUGCUGAAGAACGUUGUCUUUGCCCCGCGACGGCCGCCUGCGGGCGAGAGUAUUGGCCGCGCAACUCCUUGAGUGGCGCGCUCUUCCGCCGGCGGGCGCAGAGCCGGAGCUGGGCACCUGCGCGCCACUCCUGCUACAUCUCGGAAGCAUCCCUACUACCACCGGGUUGUCGCGAAGGUCCACGGCUUCCGAGGUCCGAAGUCCAAAGGCAACCUGUUCUGUCUGGGCGGAACCGGUAGAGACUCUGGGACAUUUAUCUUUUGCUGCCUCGUAGGAGGAACCGCGCUCUGUGGACUGAACUGGCAUUUCAGGGACACUUUUGCAAACCUUGGAUUUCCAUGUGAGCAGCGUGGUCCCUAACAGCCGCGUCCUCCCAGUGGUCUCUUGUCACCCGAGUAUCAGCAUUUUGUGGCCAGCAGCAACUGGGACCCCUACCCUUCCUUGCUCUCUCUCGGCUAUUGUGGCGUGUGUGGGGUCUGCACUGUCUCUGGCUGCCCUGCGCCUCUCAGGUGAGGCUGGUAGAGGCGUGGGUCCAAGGAAAGGACCGGCCCUGUUGUUUGAUGGCUUCACUGAGGAGAGUCAAAGUCUUGUUGGUGUUGAACUUGAUCGCGGUGGCCGGCUUCGUGAUCUUUUUGGCUAAGUGCCGGCCUAUCGCGGUGCGCAGCGGAGACGCCUUCCACGAGAUCCGGCCUCGCGCAGAGGUAACCAACCUCAGCGCGCACAGCGCCAGCCCCAUCCAGGAUGCGGUCCUAAAGCGCCUGUCGCUUCUGGAGGACAUAGUCUACCGGCAGCUUAAUGGGCUAUCCAAAUCCCUCGGGCUCAUUGAAGGCUAUGGUGGGAGGGGCAAAGGGGGCCUUCCCGCCACCCUUUCCCCGUCUGAAGAAGAGAAAGCCAAAGGACCUCAUGAGAAGUAUGGCUACAAUUCCUACCUCAGUGAAAAGAUCUCCUUGGACCGGUCUAUUCCAGAUUAUCGUCCUACCAAGUGUAAGGAGCUCAAAUACUCCAAGGAGUUACCCCAGAUAUCCAUCAUCUUCAUCUUUGUGAAUGAGGCCCUGUCUGUGAUCCUGCGGUCAGUCCACAGCGCUGUCAAUCACACGCCCACACACCUGCUGAAGGAGAUCAUCCUGGUGGAUGACAACAGUGAUGAAGAGGAGCUGAAAGCCCCCUUGGAAGAGUAUGUCCACAAACGCUACCCUGGGCUGGUGAAGGUGGUACGCAAUCAAAAGAGAGAGGGCCUGAUCCGAGCGCGCAUCGAGGGCUGGAAGGCGGCCACUGGCCAGGUCACUGGCUUUUUUGAUGCUCACGUGGAAUUCACUGCUGGCUGGGCUGAGCCUGUUCUGUCCCGCAUCCAGGAAAACCGGAAGCGGGUUAUCCUCCCGUCCAUCGACAACAUCAAACAGGACAACUUCGAAGUGCAGCGCUAUGAGAACUCUGCCCACGGGUACAGCUGGGAGCUGUGGUGCAUGUACAUCAGCCCCCCGAAAGACUGGUGGGACGCCGGAGACCCUUCUCUCCCCAUCAGGACACCAGCCAUGAUUGGCUGCUCGUUUGUGGUCAACAGGAAAUUCUUUGGUGAAAUCGGUCUGCUGGACCCUGGAAUGGACGUGUAUGGAGGAGAGAAUAUUGAACUUGGAAUCAAGGUGUGGCUCUGUGGUGGCAGCAUGGAGGUCCUUCCGUGCUCAAGGGUGGCCCACAUCGAGCGUAAGAAGAAACCGUAUAACAGCAACAUUGGUUUCUACACCAAGAGGAACGCGCUCCGGGUAGCCGAGGUCUGGAUGGACGACUACAAGUCACACGUGUACAUAGCAUGGAAUCUGCCUCUGGAGAAUCCAGGGAUCGACAUAGGUGACGUCUCAGAAAGAAAAGCAUUAAGGAAAAGUUUGAAGUGUAAAAAUUUCCAGUGGUACUUGGACCAUGUGUACCCGGAAAUGAGAAGAUACAACAAUACUAUUGCAUAUGGGGAGCUUCGUAACAAUAAGGCCAAGGAUGUCUGCCUGGACCAGGGGCCACUGGAAAACCACACAGCAAUACUGUACCCGUGCCACGGUUGGGGACCGCAGCUCGCCCGCUAUACCAAGGAAGGCUUCCUUCACUUGGGUGCUCUGGGGACCACCACUCUCCUCCCCGAUACCCGCUGCCUAGUGGACAACUCCAAGAGUCGGUUGCCACAGCUCCUGGACUGUGACAAGGUCAAGAGCAGCUUGUACAAGCGCUGGAACUUCAUCCAGAACGGAGCCAUCAUGAAUAAGGGCACAGGGCGCUGCCUGGAGGUGGAGAACCGGGGCCUGGCUGGCAUUGACCUCAUCCUUCGAAGCUGUACGGGUCAGAGGUGGACAAUCAAGAAUUCCAUCAAGUAGAUGGAAGGAAGGAGGGCACAUGGAGCCCAGACCCAGGGCAGGGCCUGGCCAUCCUCAGAACUAGCCACAUGGUGGAGAGACAGAAGGCACCCAGGGGAUGCUCAGUGACCUCCCAGGGCUCCUCCAGGGUGCCUGUGGAUAAAGAUCCUAAGUCCCCCUCAGGCAUUCAGCCUGAAUACUUCGAAGAUCUCCCCUCACUAUUGUCUGAGGACCAGAGGCUGCAUCUUCUGGGUACUAAGGGGCAAGGCUGUUCAUAUCUCUCCACCGUAUCACUUCUCACCCCAGCAUCAGCAGCUGGGUCUGGCAGGGUCUCUCUCUCUCUCUCUCUCUCUCUCUCUCUCUCUCUC